GAAGAGCGGCUGCACCCGCUCCUCCGCGUUGUUCUGCAAUCCCUUCCUUUUCCCCUUCCCCUCUCCUUCGAUCGGCAGAUCCACUGAUGACAACUUGAUCAUUAUCACUUUCAAUCCGGGAGGGUGUGAUGCGUCGCACCAUGCCUGCCCAGGACGAUGAUCCAUCGGCUUGGGAAUUUCGCUUCGACCGAAAACCCGUUUCCUCAAACUCCGUGAUCGCAAACCUCGAUAUUGAAUACAGUGAAUUGGCUCAGUCAUGGAAGGCCUUUAUUCGCCAUGUACCGGCCGAGAAUCGUGUGGUAUGGGAGGAACGGCCUCAGACAGCUACCGACGUUCAGGCCUUGGUGCGCGACCUACAUACCCUUUGGAUGUCCCGGCCCCGCCAGCGGGUUGCCGGCCUCUGUGACCGAUUCAUCCCUACCGUCGAGUCUCAUUCUCAAAUCCUCGCCGUCCUACCCGAUGGUAAUUUGUAUUAUACCCCGCUACUCUAUGGGGUGCUGCAGUCAGUGAUCAAGGCAUCGUCAAAUUACCAUCGGAUCCUCGAAGGACUUCUCACCGCGUUAAAUAAUAUUACUAGUGCCAUCAACCCCCCUGCGGAUCUCAAUGCGUCCCACCGGGAGGCCGUGGCCGAAAUCUACACCCUGAUCUUUUUGUUCCUGAAUGAAUUCAUGGAUUGGUAUGUGCGACGAUCCACGUGCCACCUAUUGAGGAGCCACAGUCAGGAUGUCUAUUCCCACUUUCACCCCCUGGUUCUAUGCAUUCAACGUCAGGCCCGGCUUCUCUCCGGGUCCUCGGAUGCGAUGGAUGUCGAUGAUGGCUGGGACUCCGCAUAUAGCCCUCGCGCCCUAUGGGAAGAGUCGCAGCUCAGCCAGGUGGGACGGGAAGGAAAGCGCCGCCGACACGCAGCACAAAAUACCAUGACCCGACGCCUGAUUUGGGAUAUCCAACAAGAUGCAGAGAAACGUGAUCAGUUGAGGGAGACACGAGACCAGCUGUUAAGGCAGAUGCUACAGAAUACGACGGAGCAACUUAUUCCUGCGAAAGAGCAGAGCAAGCGUAUUGUGUGUUUGACUACUGCCGCACCGGACCUUGUUACACCUCUUGUCGAAUGGUCACGGGGAUCCAAGCGUCGUCUAGCUCGUCUUGAGCUUCAAAGUGAAUCCAAGCACCUCCAGCCCUUCUUUGAUUGCGAGGAUCAGAUUCCGCAUUUUGAUCCGGACGCCAAGGUUGUGACGGAAGCCAAUGUGAUCACGUCUCUCAGGAAAUGGGUCACUAGUCCCCGCUCCCAGGCCCUGGCCGUCGCCGGAUCCCAAUCUGGCGAAUCGCUGAGUCCUGUGUCCCUCAUCGCCGCAUCAUACGCCUUUUUCGCUCGCGACGCCGACCUUCCGACCCUCUGUCACUUCUGCACGCUUCCUUCUAAAGAGGUUUCGGGACAGACUCCUCAUCAACAGGGGCUGAUUGCUCUGACCUAUAGUCUGAUCCGACAGAUGAUUGAUAAUUUACCGACGGUUGUUGACAGUGACUCAUUACUUGAUCUCACUGCAGAGCGGUUUCGUCCCAUUGACGGCACUUUGGGCAGUUGGACAGCGGCCUUAUCGCUGGUGGACACUCUUCUUCAUUUUGCACCACCGUUAUUGGUCCUCAUUAUUGAUGGCAUCGAUACUAUCCACGAUGAUUCGACGGAUGAUGCUUUGCGAGAAUUGAUUCGCGUGCUACUCACGCACACCCGUCAUCAGCCGCCUAGCGGAGACAGUCCUGGCCCUACGUUCUUGUUCAAGGUUCUCUUUACCGUCGCUGGUCGUCCAAGUGCAUUGGUCGAGACCAUGUCCGAAAACGAACUAGUUGUGAGCGAACCUACCCUGGCUGACGAGCCGUCGGCAUCAGAAACUGUUCUGACCUCUGACCUUGGUGCAGUCAUGAUGAAUGCAUAAUUCGGCGUCGCACAACUCCCACCUUUCACGAAUCUCCUUUACUCAGUUUGAUUUUGCUCAGUCUCCCACGGAGACAUAAAGACCCUUCGCUUCAUAGAUCUGCACAUUGGGGUUGAUUUGGGUCCCAGGUUCAUAACGAUUGCAUGAGGCACGAAGCGACGGUGACGACUUCGGCAAAUUCUUGGUUUUCUUGCUAUUUAUAUGGGAAUAUCCCUUUUGGUUUUGGUGAUACCUUUUGAUCUUCGUUCUCCAUUCAACCCCAGUUACUUGGCGCCUGGAAUAAUUUGGCCUUGGAUAUAGGGACCCCCAUUUGGUCCCUCUGCACUUGCUUCACCCAUGGUAGACUCUGUACUUUACUACUUGGUUGUGAUACCCAUGUCUAGAACUACAUUACUUGUUAUGAUCGGAAACCAUAAUUCGAAGCCCAAAGACUUUCCAAGUGGACCAGCCCAAGCAUUUGACGUCAAGAUGCGGGUCUAAGUGGAUGAAAUGCGGGGGAUCACAUGGAAUAUGUAUUCCGGCAUUUCAUUUCUUGAAUGCACCGCAAACACAC